AUGACGACCACCGAUCUCGAGAAAGGUGCAGGCCUCAGCAACGACUCUCCUCAACCACCUCAUCCUGCCUACAACAGCAACAGCGCUGCUUUCCUUCCAACCUACGAGGAGCAUCUCAACAGCAACCUCCGCAGCUUCGCCGAUCCUGAGCCUCUCACCAACACAUCUCCCAUCUCGACAUCGUCCAAGACCAACCCCAACCGUCGACGCCUCAUCCUCAAAGGCCUCUUCGUGAUCUGCUUCAUCCUCUUCGUCAUUGGAGCAGGUACAGGCCUCGCUCUCGGUCUCAAGUCCAAAUCCGACUGCGCCUACAAAGUACAUCGCCCCCUCCGCCCCUAUCUCCCUCUUGACACCUUUCCUCAAGUCAUGCAAUGGGAGAAGCGCAGCUGGACUAACGCUACGCAGCAGAUGAGCGACAUGCAGAUUCGGUCUGAAGGAACGACUGUGACUUGGCACCCGUAUACCACUACGGUGUACCUCUCUGCGACGGCACCAAGGACGUCGACUAAGGUGGUGGUCAUUGCGCCCACGACUCAGCCAACGACCAGCACAGAGAUGGCGGUUGUGACUCUGACUUCGACAGCCAUGGUGGUGGUCACCAGCAGCGAAGAGACCGUUUCGGCCAUUCCAUUUGAGACUCCCAUCAUCGCUCCGACGACACCCUCUCCUCCUCCCAGUGCCGCUGCAACAAGCACUUCGACCUCAGCCACUCCUACCUCUACAUCUACAUCAACAACCACGAGUGGGGCACCUCCACCACCACCACCAGCGACUACCGCACCUCCACCACCGCCUCCAGAAGAACCGGCUCCAGGUCCCAUAAUUGUCGGGACUGCGACCCGAGUAGCAGGAUGGUGUGGUGUGCCGGGAGAGGCUUGCGCUUGA